GUCACCACAGCACUAACUUUAAGCUUCGGUACUGGAUAUUGAGGAGGAGUAUGGCCCACUGGCAGGUCGCCAUACGUUACAUGGACAUGUACAGGGACGAUCCUACCGUCCAUCUGGCAGGCGUAUUUGGUAGUGGUAUCGAUGUGACCCCCGGGUUACAUCGAGCUAAACACCGGAAUUUGACCAAAGUCAUUGCAACGCCAUCCAUAUCAUGGAUGGUAGCCAAGUGCGCACCCGCACAGCCCAAGGCUUCCGUAGUACCCCUUCGAGUCGUUCUCGCCUUCGGCGUGCGAUGUCAAACACCUUCUAAGCCCUAUCUGUGAUAUGAACUGCUCACAAACUCGCCACUCAUCCAUCCAAGUGGUUCGUCUCUCUCCUACGUCUGUCCAUCAUGUCCAUCCCUGCUCCUCGCUGAGUAGAGCGCCUUCCAU